GGUGGCCAAAGCAGACGGUCACCGCUAGGAUGGCUUGGUAGCUGGCUCCCACCACCUUCCAGCCGUGUGACUGCGGGCGGGCGAGCUAGCCUCAGUGACUGCACCUGUAAACUGGGGAUCAUGACAGCGGCUGCGGGAUGCACGAAGCCUGGCGAGUGGUGAGGCCCGGCUGCAUUCUGGACCCCUGGGGACGCAGCAAGGAUGAAGAGAUGGGUGAGCUUGGACUCGGGGGAAUCUGAGGACCCGCUUCCAGAAGACACCUGCCCAGACCUCCUGGAUGGAGAUUCCAACGCCAAGCCACCUCCAGCCAAGCCCCACAUCUUCUCCACGGCCAAGAGCCGCAGCCGGCUCUUUGGGAAAGGCGACUCAGAGGAGACGUCCCCCAUGGAUUGCUCUUAUGAGGAAGGCGAACUGGCCCCCUGCCCGGCCAUUACGGUCAGCUCUGUGAUCAUUGUCCAGAGGUCUGGGGAUGGCCCCACCUGUGCCAGGCAGCUGUCGCAGGACUCCGUGGCAGCCGCCGGCGCCGAGAAGCCCCUGAAACUCUACGAUCGCCGGCGGAUCUUCGAGGCCGUGGCCCAGAACAACUGCCAGGAGCUAGAGAGCCUGCUGUGCUUCCUACAGAGGAGCAAGAAGCGCCUGACGGACAGCGAGUUCAAAGACCCUGAGACAGGGAAGACCUGUCUGCUCAAAGCCAUGCUCAACCUGCACAGCGGGCAAAACGACACCAUCCCGCUGCUCCUGGAGAUCGCGCGGCAGACGGACAGCCUGAAGGAGUUCGUCAACGCCAGCUAUACCGACAGUUACUACAAGGGCCAGACAGCUCUGCACAUUGCCAUCGAGAGGCGGAACAUGGCGCUGGUGACCCUCCUGGUGGAGAACGGAGCGGAUGUCCAGGCUGCGGCCAACGGGGACUUCUUUAAGAAAACCAAGGGGCGGCCUGGCUUCUACUUUGGUGAGCUGCCCCUGUCCCUGGCUGCGUGCACCAACCAGCUGGCCAUCGUGAAGUUCCUGCUGCAGAACUCCUGGCAGCCGGCGGACAUCAGCGCCAGGGACUCGGUGGGCAACACGGUGCUGCACGCCCUGGUGGAGGUGGCCGACAACACCCCCGACAACACCAAGUUCGUGACGAGCAUGUACAACGAGAUCCUGAUCCUGGGGGCCAAACUCCACCCCACGCUGAAGCUGGAGGAGCUCAUCAAUAAGAAAGGGCUGACGCCGCUGGCCCUGGCUGCCGGCAGUGGGAAGAUUGGGGUGCUGGCCUACAUUCUGCAGCGGGAGAUCCUGGAGCCCGAGUGCCGGCACCUGUCCCGGAAGUUCACCGAGUGGGCCUACGGGCCUGUGCACUCCUCGCUCUACGACCUGUCCUGCAUCGACACCUGCGAGAGGAACUCCGUGCUGGAGGUGAUCGCCUACAGCAGCAGUGAGACCCCUAAUCGCCACGACAUGCUCUUGGUGGAGCCACUGAACCGACUGCUGCAGGACAAGUGGGACAGAGUUGUCAAGCGCAUCUUCUACUUCAACUUCUUCGUCUACUGCCUGUACAUGAUCAUCUUCACCACCGCCGCCUACUACAGGCCCGUGGAUGGCCUGCCUCCUUAUAAGCUGAGAAACCUCCCUGGAGACUAUUUCCGAGUCACUGGAGAGAUUCUGUCCGUAGCAGGGGGCGUCUACUUUUUUUUCCGAGGGAUCCAGUAUUUCCUGCAGAGGCGGCCGUCCAUGAAGGCCCUGUUUGUGGACAGCUACAGUGAGAUGCUCUUCUUCGUGCAGGCCCUGUUCAUGCUGGCGACGGUGGUGCUGUACUUCAGCCACUGCAAGGAGUAUGUGGCGACCAUGGUGUUCUCCCUGGCCUUGGGCUGGAUCAACAUGCUCUACUACACCCGUGGGUUCCAGCAGAUGGGCAUCUACGCCGUCAUGAUCGAGAAGAUGAUCCUGAGGGACCUGUGUCGUUUCAUGUUUGUCUACCUGGUGUUCUUGUUCGGCUUUUCCACAGCGGUGGUGACUCUGAUUGAGGACGGGAAGAACAGCUCGACGUCUGCCGAGUCCACGUCGCACAGGUGGCGGGGGUUUGGCUGUCGGUCGUCCGAUAGCUCCUACAACAGCCUGUACUCCACAUGCCUGGAGCUGUUCAAGUUCACCAUUGGCAUGGGCGACCUGGAGUUCACCGAGAACUACGACUUCAAAGCCGUCUUCAUCAUCCUGCUGCUGGCCUACGUGAUUCUCACCUACAUCCUCCUGCUCAACAUGCUCAUCGCGCUCAUGGGCGAGACGGUCAACAAGAUCGCACAGGAGAGCAAGAGCAUCUGGAAGCUGCAGAGAGCUAUCACCAUCCUGGACACAGAGAAGGGCUUCCUGAAGUGCAUGAGGAAGGCCUUCCGCUCCGGCAAGCUGCUGCAGGUGGGCUACACCCCCGACGGCAAGGACGACUGCAGGUGGUGCUUCAGGGUGGACGAGGUGAACUGGACCACCUGGAACACCAACGUGGGCAUCAUCAACGAGGACCCGGGCAACUGUGAGGGCGUCAAGCGCACCCUGAGCUUCUCCCUGAGGUCGGGCAGAGUUUCAGGGAGAAACUGGAAGAACUUCGCCUUGGUUCCCCUUUUAAGGGAUGCCAGUACCCGAGACCGGCACCCCGCCCCUCCCGAGGACGUCCACCUGAGGCCCUUUGUGGGCUCCCUGAAGCCGGGGGACGCCGAGCUCUUCAAGGACUCUGUGGCCGCGGCAGAGAAGUGAGGAAUCCACGGGGGCGGGCGCCCUUGGCGCGGGCCCCCAGCCCGCUCACCGACUGCCCCAGGAGAGCUGCCUCAGGGACUCCCCCAGCAGGAAGUGAUCUGGCUUCCCACUUUUUCUGCUGAUGGACUAGACAGCAGGGGUGGUUAAUUUCUACUCGGAUGCCUCGAGGCCCUGGCUUGCUUCAGCUUUGCGUUACUGUCAGGGCCAGCAAAUGGGGCCCAUAAACCACGCUGGAGAACAGAGCCCCUCCCGUGAUGCCAGACGCCAAAGGCCUUCCUCUCUGUGUCGUGCUCCGCGUCGCCGACCUGGCCAGGGUGUUCUGGGGGAAGGGAUGUCAUUCACCAGCCUGAGAAGGUGGCGGAGGCUGGCCCCAUCCCAGCUCUGGCAGAAUCCGAUUUUCCCCAAGAGCGACUUCACCCUUCCGUGUGCUGUACCAAAGUCCCCUAAGCAUCCGCUCUGUUGUGGUUCGGAUCAAGCCCAGAACCGCUUUCCAAAGCCAUGUGGCAAGAGUUUUUCAGUCAUUUUCCGUUUAUGGUGACCCCAGUCCUGCCCCCAGCUGUGCCACUGGCUUCCACCCCAUCUGUCUUGUCAUCCAUCAAAUAAAUGCAUAUACAGGAG